UCGGUCGCAGUAGCGUUAAUCGCCUUGUACUCCCGCGAGAAGUGAGGGAGGUGGAGCUACAUUUCAAACAGGUGGCGGGACGUCUCCCGUUUCUUGUCUCGGCCUGUAGCUUAAAGAAGGGCUUGUCUUUUUGUUUCAGUUUCGGCCGAAUUCUGUCUCAGUGUUCCGGACGCCGAUGGCGAAACAGCAAAGCCGGGAGCAGGGCAUCACCUUGCGGGGCAGCGCCGAGACUGUGGCGGAGUUUUUCUCCUAUGGUAUCAACAGUAUUUUAUAUCAACGUGGGAUAUAUCCUGCUGAAACAUUUACCAGAGUUCAAAAAUAUGGGCUUACCAUGCUUGUUACUGCAGACUCUGAACUUAAAAAUUAUCUGAACAAUGUUGUAGGACAACUGAAAGAAUGGCUCUUUGAAUGCCUUGUUCAGAGGCUAGUGGUAGUGAUCUCUAGUAAGGAAACCACUGAAGUUCUUGAAAGAUGGCAAUUUGACAUUGAAUGUGACAAAACUGCAAAAAAUGAAAAUGCACCAAGGCAGAAAUCUCAGAAAGCUAUACAGGAUGAAAUCAAAUCCAUUAUCAGACAAAUAACAGCUACAGUGACAUUCCUUCCUUUGUUAGAAACUACCUGUGCAUUUGACUUGCUCAUAUUCACAGACAAAGAACUGGCUGUUCCAGAAAAGUGGGAGGAGUCAGGACCACAGUUCAUUAAUAAUUCUGAAGAAGUUCGUCUUCGUUCUUUUACAACUACAAUACACAAAGUCAGCAGUAUGGUGGCCUACAAAAAGGACACCUUGCUGUGAUUUAGGAAAGAGCAUUGUAUAUGUAUAUGUACCCUUUUGUAAGAUUCCUUAACCAAUAGUAAUUAAGUUUUUUUCAAAAUACCAGCUUGGUUAUCUGAGCUGAAGCAUCAACUUGUAAAUAUACAUUAAGACUAGAAUCCUGUCCUUUCAAUAUUACAACUGAAUUCUCUCAGUGGUUUCCAUGUAAUAGAAUGUAUAAUGUAAAUGUCAUUUUUAUUAAAAAAAAUAAAUACACAUAGUUUUUAUUUGGUCUUGUCAUCUUCAUUAGUGAAGUAAUUAUUUGUUUGAAGUGAAAAAACUAUUACAGAUAAACUACAGUCAUAUGAAAAAGAAAGUACACUGAGUUCUAUGGUUUUACAUAUCGGGACAUAUAAAAAUCAUCUGGUCCUUAGCAGUUCUUGAAGUACAUACAACCUCAGAUGAACAACACAUGACAUAUUAUAUCAUGCCAUAUUUUAUUUUACAAAAAGAAAGCAAAACUGGAGAACCCAUCUGUGAAAAACUAACAUACCCUUACUGUUUCUUAGAUACGAAGAGGCGAAGUAGUAAGGUGCUAAUCAAGUGCCCUUGAUCAAUUGAUCAUCCUCAGCAAGUGUAGCUACCUUUAUGAAAGCUGAAGUUUUAGGAGUUUGCUGGUCUAAAAAGACAUCAGCAAUGAUCUUAGAAAAACAGUUGUUGCUGCCCAUCAAUCUGGGAAGGGUUGUAAGGCCACUUCCAAACAAAGUCCAUCAUUCUACAGUGAGGAAGAUUAUUCAUUCACAACUGGAAAACAUUCAAGACAGUUGCUGAUCUUUCCAGGAGUGGACAAUUCGGCAAAUUCGCCCCAAGGUCAGACCAUGCAAUACUCAGAGAAAUUGCAAAAAAUCCAAACGUUACAUCUCAGACUCUACAGGCCUCAGCAUGUCAAAUUUUAAAGUUCAUGACAGUACAAUUAGAAAAAGGCUGAACAAGCAUAUGAUUUAUUUGGAAGAGUUGCCAGGACAAAGCCUUUUCUCUCCAAAAAGAGCUUGGCACAUGGCUUAGGUUUGCAAAUCAUAAGACUUUUGGAACACUAUCCUUUGGAUAGAUGAAACCAGAUGUUUGGCAAAAACCAAACAGCAUAUCAACAGAAUACAACGCAUCUCAUAUCAUCAAGCAUGGUGGAAGAGUGAUGAUUUGGGCUUGUUUUGCAGCUACAGAACCUCGGCACAUUACAAUCAUUGAGUCAACCAUAAAUUCCUCUAUAUACCAAAGUAUCCUAGAAUCAAAUGUGAAGCCAUCUGUCUGACAGCUGAAGCUAGUUUGACAUUGAGUGAUACAACAGCAUGAUACCAAGCAUACCGCAAAUCUGCAAUAGAGUGGCUAAAAAAGAUGUUCCAAGGGUCCAGUCAAAGUCCAGACUUCAAUCCAAUUGAAAUGCUGUGGCAGGACCUCAAAAGAGAUGUGCAUAAACAAAUGCCCACAAACCUCAAUGAAUUAAAGCAAUGUUGUAAAGGAGAGUGGGCCAAAAUUCAUCCACAGUAAUGUGAGAGACUGAUAAAGUCAUAUAGAAAAUGAUCACUUCAGGUUAUUGCUGCUAAAGAUGGUUCUACAAGUUAUUGAAUGUACUAAGGCAGAGGUCCCCAACCUUAGACUGGUUCCAUGGAGAGAGGUUUUUCCACGGACCGGAGAGUGCAUGGUUUUUGUGCUGCCUGCAUCCCACGGAUGGGGCUUUGCUUGUCUCCAUUUUGGCUUUCUUUUUGUAAAAUAAAUGAUGACAUGGUAUGUCAUGUGUUGUUUUUCAUCUAAAGUUGUUAUUUACCUGCUUUUAAGAACUGCUAAGGACCAGAUGAUUUUUAUAUGUCCUAAUACAUAAAACCAUAGAACUCGAAGAGGGUGUACUUUCUUUUUCAAAUGACUAUAUUUGAUUUUGCAUAUUGGAUACAAACACAUCCUGCAAGUUAAAAAUUUGUUUUUUGAAAAUGUUAUAAAUAUUCCAAUGUUGACUACUGCAAUAGGGCAAAUAAGUUUUAGCAUAUGUAAACAACUAUACAAAAGGUGGUAGUCAUUUGUUUCAACUGGAAUGAUAUAAAUCUACCUUAUAAAUAGAUCAUAUAUGAAAAUUGAAUCCUGGACUUUCAGGGAAGAAUUGGCUAUUUGAAUAUGGCUAUGCAGAAAGCAGUUCAUUAUUGAGGAAUAAACAAUGGACAAAGAGAGAACUUGAGAUCACCCACAAAUAUUCCAUAUAGUUGCUCCUUGUGAGUAAACAGCAAUCUUCUACAAAUUUAGAGCUCUGGGUGCUUAGGGAAAGCCAUCUUUUGCUCAAACCAAGGCUGACACCUUUCAAAAGAAUGUUUCCUUUUCUAAUCACUUAGAAAUUGCUUAACGGCUUUUCAGUUAGUCCGAACCUUUGAAUCAAUAAGUUUUACUGCAGCAGGUGACUCUCCUUCAAUCCUUAGCAAAAGUUUUAAACACAAGUUUAAAAACUUUUUUUAAAAAACUCAUUGGGAAUAAAUAGCAAAAGGGUGAUUAGAAUUUUGAUUCUAGAAAAUUACAAAUGGUCUAAGAUCCAGAUUAAUUUGAAAUAAGGUUUUUGAGCCAAUUAUAAGAAUCCUUUCUAUGGGAAAAUACUUUUGUUUUGAAUUCUCCUAAAAAAACAAAACAAAACAGGAUGACUUAUAAAGAAACUGCAUAGAAAGCUUUUUAAGCAUUAAACGAAAACACUCUACGCCAGGAGUGUCAAACUGGCGGCCCAAGGACCGGAUGCA